UGCAAGCGUUAAUGACAACCGAGUCGAUAUAAAUGUGUGCGCAAGAGUCGCUGCGCAUUUUAUUUACUUGCUGAUUGCGCGCGCGGCUCCCGUGUUAAGUGUAACAAAAAUGGCCGCUUAUUUCUACGUGAUAACGUUCCUGUGCAUGUCAGUGAGCGCUGCACCGCCCGCCCCGCCGCGCCUCUACCCGCAACCAGCGCCUGCGCAGCUACAGCAGAUCAAUCCUUAUGACUACUAUUUGGAUAAUCCAGAAGUAGGGAACUAUUACAACCAAAUACAACAGAAACAAGGUUCUACAAAUGGAAAAUCUAAUGGUGCCCCAUCAAGACUGGAGAAUUUGGAGCCUGACAGUGAGGUGGAACUCUUACCAGGAGCUCAACAGCCACAGCAACCCCCACAACAGAAUCCAGUUUCUCCAAACCUCCCAGGACUUGUUCCGGGACAAAGGGUGUUCAUCGUCCACAUGCCAGUACCCGGAUACAGACCUGGUACGAUUGGUGGUUACCAGCCUGUGUACAUAGUGGCAGCAGCGCCGCAGGGCAACACAGGCUUCCCUGGAAACGGUUACCAGAAUGCAAUUCUUCUGGAUCCGUCAGGACAGUCCGUCAUAUCCCCUGUAGUGGGAUACCCGAGGCAAGGAGUGGCAGGUGUUCAGGCUGUGCAAGCAGGGAACCCUGGCCUGCUUCUUGGCAGUCCACUCGGCUUGAACAGGCCUUUUGAUUUGGCGUAUCAAGAGCCAGUUAUAGCUUACCAACCAGGGCCUGCAGCGCAAGGAGUAAACGGUGGCCGAGGCGCCGUACGUCUCUCUCAGUACGUUUCCCUACAAGGUCAUCCGAACCCUGCCAAUCCUAAGGCAGCUGGUAAUGGUGAGUAGCAGAAGCAGAGCCGAAGCGAUCGGUGGAAGGGAGCGAAAGCAGUGAAACUAAAGAGACCGAAGAACCUAGACGCUCAAGACCGGCGCAGGCGCGACCUAAACCAUAGGCUGUACUUUGAUUUAUAACAAAUCCAAAAAUUUGCAUUCCUGCCGCGUUUUUUUAUUAAAACUAAACUCUUGAUUUUUAAAAGAAAUACUCUUAAAAAUAACAGAGGCUCUUCUUACUCAGGUUUAAGUUUAGUUUGAAUAGAGCUUUCUUUAAUUAAUUUCUUUUACAAAUUGCAAAAAAUAUACGACGAUCAUGACAUUAAAAUGUUCUAUUUAAAUUAUAUGUUAUUGAUUUUAAUCAAGUUGUAGAAAAAUAUAUUAUAUAUAUAUAUAUAUAUACUUUACAAUAAUUAUGAAGGCUGUAAAAUAAUUUAAUAUUAAAAAACUUGAAGAUUUAACAUUUAUUUAUUUUAUGACUGUUAAACCUUCGGUUCUCACGUGAUCGGCUGUAGUAAUUAAUUUGAAAUAUAAUUACGUAUCUAUAUUAUAUUAUUUAUAGAUAUUAUGUCGACUAUUAUAAGGUAUGUGUAGGUCAUCGAUUUUUUCUUCGAAUUAUUAUUAUUAACAAAAAAGUUUAAAAACUCUUUAAAUAUUCUUUAUUGAAUAGUUUCAAUUAACAAUUUAUUAUUUCAUAUUUAGUGUUUAUAUAUAUAUAUAUAUAUAUAUAUAUAUAUAUAUAUAUAUAUAUUUGUUAUAAAAAUCACGUAUGUAAAAUAUAAGAAGAAUCAUUACAACUUAGUAUAAUAAUUAAUUUUUUUUUAUAAUUUUAAAGAAAUACUGAAAUUACCGGAGUAUGUAUGUAUUAUAAAUUAUUUUUGUACCUGACUGUACUGGAUUGGAAAAAAAAGAAAAUACAUGGAUAAAUUUA